AGUCAAGCUGAAGUGGAAACGAGACCAAGGUCUUACUCUACUGUUGGACUUAUGAAAUCCAGUCCUGGCAACAUGGAGAGGAUAGUCAUCUGUCUAAUGGUCAUCUUCUUGGGGACGUUGGUCCAUAAAUCCAGCUCCCAAGAUCAAGAUCGCCUCAUGAUUAGAAUGCGUCAACUUAUAGAUAUUGUUGAUCAGCUGAAAAAUUAUGUGAAUGUCUUGGACACUGAAUUUCUGCCAUCUCCACAAGAUGUAAAGAGACAUUGUGAAUGGUCAGCUUUUUCAUGUUUUCAGAAGGCCCGACUAAAGUCAGCAAAUACAGGAGACAAUGAAAAGAUAAUCAGUGUAUUAAUUAAACAGCUGAAGAGGAAACUACCUCUCACAAACGCAGGGAGAAGACAGAAACACAAACUAUUAGAUGCCACAGUAACCUUCACUCCAAGAAAAGGUUACAUCGAAGUGCUGCCAGAGCAAGCUCGUUCAUUCCAAGCUGCCUUCCUUGACCAAGGGGCAGAAAAAUUCACCGUCAAUAUUCCCAAGAGCAUCUUAAGACAGGGUGGCAGUCUGCUCUUGGUUCUUGGUGUGCUCUUGGCUGAAGAAUGA